AUGGCAGGAAGAAGUCACAAGGAGUCAGCUUCCGAAUCAGAGACACCAUCGCGCCAUUAUAAUAGAGAUAGAGAUGGACCACAGAGCCUGACCACAUCCUCAAGCAGGACAUCUCAAAAGGCUAGAAAUCAGCAAGCUUUACAACAACAGCAAUCCUUUUUACUAAAACACAUUAACUCGAAUGGACCGAAAGAUAAACCUAGGGUAGACCCACUUGAUUUUGAAAAAAUGGAUGAAGCAACUUUGCUUAGAUACAAGGAUCGCUACAAUAUCAACUUACCACGACCUGAAUCGUUGAACUCUGAUAUUUUGAAUAGUGAGAUUGGAAAGAAAACAUUUAGCAAGAGAAGUCAAGCUAGGCGGCUACAAAAGGCUGGAUUGGGUAUGGAUCACAGAAUAAGUAAAGGUGAAUAUGCUAAUCAAGUGAAAAGUCAUUUCAUGGGAUUGCAAACUAAAGAAAAUGAUAUAAUCACUGGGUUCUUGUAUAAGGUGAAGCAUCAAGAUAAGGAGUUUAAGCUUACAUUCCAGUGA